UCCGGACUGGGCUUCCAACAGCAAAAUGUUGGGACAGAGCACUCGGAGAUUCACAACCUCUGUGGUCCGUAGAAGCCACUAUGAGGAAGGUCCAGGGAAGAAUUUGCCGUUUUCGGUGGAAAACAAGUGGCGGUUACUAGCUAUGAUGACUUCGUAUUUUGGAUCUGGAUUUGCUGCACCUUUCCUUAUUGUAAGACACCAACUGCUUAAAAAAUAAGGAUGUUUUAGUUAAUCCAUAAAACA